GGGGCUUGUGUAUUAUCAAUUGGAACCCAAUACGGUGCGCGUGCGCAAGUGCAAAAUGUGGAAGGAUCUCUGUUUACUGGUCGCGCUACUGGCUUCGGCCAAUUGUGAAUAUAAAUACGUUACAAAAUGGUUCAAAGUCCCGCUGGAUCACUUCGGUUACCAGAGAAACGAGACCUUCCAGAUCAAGUAUUUGGAGAAUGAAGACUUUUGGGACAGAGGGAACGGUCCCAUAUUCUUCUACACGGGAAAUGAGGGUCAGAUCGAGGUGUUCGCUCAACACACUGGAUUCAUGUGGGAUAUUGCGCAGGAGUUCGGGGCCAAAUUGGUAUUCGCUGAGCAUAGAUAUUACGGUGCUUCAAUGCCAUUCGGAAACAAAUCGCUGGAUAACGAGCACAUCGGCUACUUGACAUCUUCCCAAGCACUCGCUGAUUACGCUGACCUCGUCAAUUAUUUGCAAGACAACUCGCUGAAGCCAUCACACCCAGUUAUUGCUUUUGGAGGCUCAUACGGUGGUAUGCUGGCAGCGUACUUCCGCAUCAAGUACCCUCACCUAGUCACCGGGGCUAUCGCGGCAUCAGCUCCAAUACACCAGUUCACAGGAAUGGUCCCCUGCGAGGUUUACAAUAGGAUCGUCACCUCCAGCUUUAAGAUAGCUAGUGCCACGUGUGCCAACAAUAUUAGAGAAUCUUGGGCUGUUUUGAGGAACUUCACAAAAUCCACAAACAAUACAGCUUGGCUACAGAAGACUUGGAACCUGUGCGACCCGCUGAACAACACCAAUGAUGUGCAAAGUCUCGUUGACUUCCUCCAGGAUAUGUACAGCACCCUUGCGAUGGUGAACUACCCGUUUGAGUCUGACUUCCUGAUGCCACUCCCCGCGCAGCCAGUGAGAGUUGUCUGCCAGUACCUCAAGGAUACCUUCAAAGAUGAGAAAGAGCUUUUAACAGGUAUAGGAAAAGUAUUAGACAUAUAUGCAAACUACAAGAAAACUAGUAAGUGCAUUAACUACAAAAGUGAAUCGUAUGGUAACUUGGAUGCAGCCGGUUGGGAUUACCAGGCUUGUACGGAAAUGGUGAUGCCCAUGUGCACAACAGGAACAGUCGACAUGUUUGAGAAUGUUCCAUGGAACUUCACACAAUUCUCUGACAGCUGCCACAAAAAGUAUAAUGUGUUUCCCAAAGAGGAAGCCGCGAGGAUCCAAUAUGGCGGCAAUAGGUUACAAGCAGCUUCAAACAUAGUUUUGAGUAAUGGACUCCUUGAUCCAUGGGCUGGAGGUGGCGUUUUGAAUACUGUGAGCGACACAGUCGUAGCAGUUGUGAUCGUCGACGGUGCCCACCAUCUUGACCUGAUGCCGAAGAACCCUAGUGAUCCUGGAACAGUCAUCGAAGCUAGAAACAUUCACAAACAGAAUAUACGAAAGUGGAUUCAGUCCUAUCGGAAAUAAAAAAAUUAACUAUUA